AGCAUCACCGAAAAUGAGAUGAGCAUGAAAAGAGAGUAGCUUAGAUAGAAAUGGAGAUCAAUUUGCUUAUCAAUGCGCUUAACCAAGGAAACGAACAAAUCAGAGAGCUUGAAGCCCAGCUCGAUCAACCCAACUCUUCAGAAGCUUGCAAGUCUUUAGCAAGUCAGGUCCAGGCGGCUUUAGCAACCGCGAUCUCCAUGGCUAAACUGCUCAAUCAGCCGGCGAAAGCCUCUGAAUCGCCAUUGUUGGCAACUGAGAGUCCGAGGAGCGAGAAUUCUGAGAAGGUUUUCAAGAAAAGGAAGACGAAGACAAGGUUGAACACGCAAGUUCUUCUGUGUUCACCUUCAUCGGCCGUGAAUGACGGCUAUAGCUGGAGGAAGUACGGACAAAAGGUGAUACUCGGAUCAAAGUUUCACAGAGCCUACUAUAGAUGCUCCCACCGCGACACCCUCGGAUGUCCGGCGACGAAACAAGUACAACGUUCCGACGACGAUUCUUCUCUCUUCCAAAUCUCCCUCCACGGGGAUCACACGUGUGGAAACCAUCAUUGCCGGCGAAUCCCUGAGUUGCCGUCGGAGUUACACAAUACUUCGCCGGAGGCAGAGAGGCUCAUGAUCGUCUCCGGUGAUCUUCAGCCAGGUUUUUCAUUGACAUCCCCGUCGAUCUGCGGGCCGAGCAACGACAUUUCCGCGCCGAACUUGCGCGGGUCGGGCUCGGAGAUGGCUGAGAUGCUCUCCGGAGCGAGUUGGACGAUGAGUGAAUCUCCAAUUGAGAACUGGGAUUUUAAAGACGACUUCGAUACUCUCUGGUCUUCAACAACGAUUGAAUCUACAAUGGUCGAAUUCGGCGCAGAGUUUCCAUUUGAUUUCUCUUAGGGCUGUUUGGCAAAGUAGGAUUUAGGCUUAUGUUUAG